CGACAGCGGUAUUUAUUUUCCUGAAGUAUUUGAGCGUUUGGAAAUAAUCUUUCUGGAAUUUCAAAAGUUCUAUGCGGUAUUUACAAGAUAUUUGUGCUGUGUGAGAUAUCCAAGGAACAUUCGUUAAACGGUCCAUUGAAUAUCCGAGCGGUAAUAAGGAGUAGACGGCAAUUUUGUGUAGAGGACAGAGGAGAGAAAGGGUUGUCGUUCUUACAAGGAGAUCUUUUUUUUUUUUCUCAUGAAUCCUCUUACUAUCUAUCGUUCACGUGUCGAUUUAUACGUCAACGACGCCAGCACAAUGCGACAGGUUCAGAUUGGAAUGUGAGCAAGACCGAUUAGUAUAAUCUAUGAUGCCAGAUUGGAGUGUGGAUUGGAAAAAAAAAAAAAAAUUCUUACAAUUUUGUGCCACAAUUUUUUUGUUACAUAUCGAAUUGGUUUAUAUUGAUGCAUAAUUAUAGUCCAGAUCGCUCCUCGCGGAGGAGGAGAACUCGCAUAAUUUUGCAAAACGGGUCGUUUAACAAUGCGUAAAAAGUGGGAUCUCCGCAUGGAUGCAUCGGAUGCACCUCGAAGUGCGUAGCGUGAAGCCGCGUUGCGUAAAAUGACUUCGACAAAAGGUGUUACGCGAUAAAAAUUGCACACAUUUGAAUUGCACACAUAUCAUAGUGCAUUCUCUGUAAUAUAAAGAUGUCAACAAAAAAAAAAAAAAAAAAAAUAAUAAUAAUAAUAAGAUUCAAAUUCUAUCCGACGUGCUACGCGGAAAACGAAAGGAACGAGUUUUUGCUACGCAACUGCGACUUCGAGCUUAAUUGAUCGGGUCAGCUGUUAAAUUUAGCGUAUAUGAAACAAUACAAGUAUAUAUUGAGGCGCGGUAUAUACACGAGGUGUUCCGGAAACUGCGUACCUCUCUCUUGACCACAACAACAAACGUUUAUCGCGCGUUGAUUCGUUGAAUUUCUAAUGAUAAAAAAAAAAAAAAAAAAAAAAAAACAUUAUUUUGAUUUUAAUCUAAAACAAAUUCUCUGAAUUUCUUCUUUUUCCUUCCGCAUUUAUGACAUAAUAUUUUGUUAAGCAAAUUAGAACAAAUAAAUGUAGUUUUAAUGAAUUAAAUCUAGUAGUAUAAUUUUUCAAACGUUGAAUGACGAUUCCAGACGUGAUUAUCAUAUCAACCGAUAUUGCAUCGGACUUGCAUCACGAUAUUAAUCGUGUUUUGCGUCUCGAACGUUUACCGUGUUAAUAAAUUUUUGCGCGACGUCUUAAUAAUUUGUGCGAAUAAAUUUUUUUUUAAGUGUUUUUGACACCGCCAGUUUUUUCACACGUUAUGCAAAAAAACUACUUUCGAUGCAGACAACAGUUUCAAUUAGUCUAUGUUGCAUUAAGAAUGACUCAAUCAAAAAUUCAAAAUGUCUGUAUUUUCUAUAUUUAAAGGUUAUAUAAACACACAUCAAUAAACUUGCGUUUUAUUUGCCCUUGCGUUAAAAUUAUACUACCAGAGACAAAACUUUGGUCAUCGAUAUUGAAAUUAAAUUUUAUAAAUUCUAUAUUACUUUUUGUUAUAUAUAGAGCGGUCCUUGAGAUGAAAAUAUGUAUAUAUUACCUAAGUAAAUCUCGAUAUCGUCUCGCUUCUUACAGCGAGCAAGGAAGUGCGCAUCUUCCGGAACACUCUGUAUAAGUGCAUGUAACGUACGGCAAUUGGCCAUGUGUGUGCGCACGAUUCACGGACUGUCGACGAUCAGUCAGCCCUCUUGCCGAGCGCAAAGGGGUGAAUUGAGGGCAGCGCUGGCCGGCGGAGCUCUGCUCCUGGAUCUACGACGAGACGGCGGCUCUCGUCGCGCCUCUCCCUUCCUUCCUUCCUUCCUUCCUAGUUGGGUCGCUUGCGGGGGUGAUUUUCGGGGAGGCUAAAUUCCAACUUCCAACUGUUGCGCAAAUGGCGUGGCGCAAACGCAGUUUCGAAGGCGUGGCGAUCGACAAAGGGCUCGGAAACGGCCGAUAACGCGCCGUUUUCCAUUCCCCUUCCUCCCUCUGUGUGUAUGUCUCUCUUUCUCUCUCUCUCUCUCUCUCCUCUUUUUACUCUCUCCCCCUCUGAUCUUUUUUUCGCCGCCUCGUUACGCACCACCUGCGGAGUAGGAAGCAGCCUGGCCGCAGAAUAAACGAGUAGCGCGCGUCGCUCCAGUCAGGAUCACAGGAUUCAUAAACGCGCGAGGGGGAGGAGGAGGAGAGUAGAAGUGGUGGCGGUGGUCACGUCCAACGAGAUGCCCUCCCUUGGAUGUCUCCGCGUUUUCCGAGGAAACCUUCGACGUGAAGGAGUGGAUCAACCGGACAUUCAAAUCCGCCGAGGCGCAGGAGAACAAGGAUGCGUUUGUUUCGUCAUUAGUGAUGAAGUUGCAAUUGUACGUGCAACAAGUCAAUGGCGCUUUGGAAGAGACCAGUCAAUCAGUUCUCUCGAGCUUGCCAAGGAUUUUGAGAGACACUCAAUUACUGCAGCAAGAAACAUUAGCGUUGCGAGAGAAAAUGGUCUCUGUGAAGCAAGAAAUCGCCAAGGUCGAGAAAGAUACGGCCUCCUCAAUGGCAAUGCUGGAGAAGAUUGACAGGAUAAAAACAGAAUUACAAACCGCUAAGCAAGGAUUACACGAAGCCGAUAAUUGGACAGUAUUGGCAAAUGACAUGGAAGAGCUAUUUGAAUCUGGUGAUAUAGAAGCUAUAUCUGACAAGUUAUUCAGCAUGCAAAAGUCAUUAGCUAUGCUUGCGAAUGUUGUCGACUACGAGGAUAAAAAGUUGCAAUUGGAAGGCUUGAAAAAUCGUCUUGAGGCAAUGGCCAGUCCGCGAUUGGUCCAAGCCUUUACUGCUGCCAAUUUAGUGCAAUCCAAGAUUUAUGUGGACAUUUUUAGCAAAAUGGAACGUCUGCCCCAGCUUCUCAAAUACUAUCACAAUUGCUUGAAGGUUUCUUUGCUCCAAGAAUGGAGACGCACCAUAGAACUGGCGCAGGAUGAGAAUGUCACGUACUGGUUGCACACGUAUUAUGACAAACUGUUGUCUUCUUGGCACGAGCAGGUUAAAUGGUGUCAUCAAGUGUUUCCCAAUACUUCAAAAGAUAUUCUCAUUGAUGUUUAUGCCGAUCUUUUGAAGAAUCUGGAUCCUGGUAUUCCGGAAUGCAUAGAAGCGGUACUCAAGCAACAUUCGACUGCGGUGCAAUUGUCUAUUCUGCUCGAGUUGAAACAGAUGACAAAGCAUUUCGCCGUGAAUUUGAGCGGCGCGAUCGAAACGUCAAUUCGGGGAAAAUUGCAAACUGAAAAAUUGCUGUCUCUGGCGCAGGCUAUGUACGCACCUUACGUUCCUUACGUCGCAAAGUACAACAUGUUUGAGACCGCGCAGUUGGGAGAGCAACUCCAAUUCCUGGAUCGUUCGCACGACGAUUUGAGCGACACUAUCAAUGCAUUUUCUCUUAGCAUUUCGAGAAUUAUGGGCUAUGCUAAUGAAGCUAACAAACGCUGCAAACUAUUUACGGAAGGCUGUGGAUAUCCUGGUUUAUUGCAUUCGUUGAAUAUUUAUUUCAACAAAUAUCUCGACAAAUAUCAGCAAGGUUUGAGACAACUCGAACGAAGAAAGGUAAAACACGAAGACUGGAAUUUAUUCCAAAUGUGUCUCACGUUGAUGCAGACUAUAGGCGAUCUCUUGCAACAAGUGCAGCAAUUCGAAAAGUCGCUCGUGAUUGACAUCACAGAAGCCAAUAAUAAAUUACAAAGCACAAACGAAAGUGUAUUCUGUCAGUAUAAGAAACUAUUGCUAACUGAAUCGGGACGUGCUAAUUUAGAAAAUCUCGUUGCAUCUUUUCAACGAGAAGACGAGACGAUUCUCGAUUCGAUCAUAAAAGCCAUUCACAAGCUGUGCUCCGAUUUACAUCACACGACGUACGAAGUGAUCUUCGCUCCGAUAUUCUCUCAAUUGUUACUCGUACAAAAAGCGCCGGCUUGGUCAUUGGAAGCCAACAAAAUGUCCAAUCUAAGUUCGGGCCUGCCUGAUUACAGUUUUGCUCCUCAAGAAUACAUUACGCAAGUUGGACAGUAUCUGAUGACGUUGCCGCAACACUUGGAGCCGUUUUUAUUGCGGGACAAUCCGAGUCUAACCCAAGCGUUAAAAGCUGCCGAUCCUCAAUACGCUCAGGGAUCGACCGAAUCCGGAUUCACCGGUAUACUAUUGGACAUCGUUGCUCGAGGAACGUGCCAAAUGUUUCAGGAUCAAACGUUGGGCAUCAGUCAGUUGAACUCGGUUGCCUGCAAACAGCUCGCAACUGAUAUCGAUUAUCUAGGCAACGUACUGGAGGAGCUUGGUUUAAGCUUAUCGGAAAAUCUCCAGCAUAUGUCUUUGUUGCUGAGGUUACCGCCAGAGGAUUAUCAGAACGGUAGUUCCGGCUGCAACGCCCGUAUUGUAGCUGCGGUCAGACAAAUGCGUAAUAUCACGUCCUCCGGCUGACACGAUCCUUAUCAAACGGAACGCGUAAAGUAAAGAUCUAUUCUUGAUACGCUAUGGUGUUCGCGAAUGUGCGUCCAAUUAUUCUCCAAAGUUCGGGCAGAGCUUUAUUUACAUCUGCAGUUCUUGUGAGAGACGUGAACUUUGUUGUGACAUGUUUCUUGAAAGAUCAAAUCAAACUUGGCCACGUCGGACAUGAGUUUUCCCAAAUAAAGUUUCGUCUGAAUAGAGAGAAACGUUACAACGCUAUGUAUUUUCGAUAAAUAAUUUUUUAUAUUUGCGCGUAUGUGAAAUUUAUAUACGACUGUAAAAGGCAAACUCAUGUACAAAAGUAUUAUGUGUAAUAUAUUAACAAUAACUCUCAUACUUUGAGUCAUUUUUCACCUAACCUAACGUACAAAUUUUAACAUUUUCUGAUCGGGAUAAAAGAUGUGUGGAUGUGCUUACGAAAUAUAGUUUGCUCGAAUUUACUUCAUAAUCGUUUUAUUGGCUACAUUAUGUCUGAACUGAAAUACUGGUAACUAAUUUCCUUUCCCCGCAUCUUUAAGUAAUGUUUCAAGAUGCGGAGAUGCAACUUCAAUGUUUGAAACAUAUAUAUAUUUCCAAUCCUUCCUUCUCUCACACUGUGUUCAUUCGAGGUUUACGCAACUAUAAAAAAAACAACUUAGAAAGAUCUCGCAGCACUUCUCAUCUAAAAUAGCUCGGGACACACAGUUUUAUGCGCCGCACAAAGGCGUGAAUAUACUUACAAAGAACAUGAGAUAUACACACAUAUAUAUAUACAUAUAUAUGUAUAAGAGCUAGGAAACCGACCGUUUUUUUUUUUUUUUUUUAAUACCGAUAGAGAUUCAUAGUUGAGCAGUUUCUCUUACUCUCACACUCACUCUCUUCUUCUCUCUCUUUUUCUCUUUCUUUCUUUCUUAUAUCACAUGUGCUCGCACGUAUAAAGUUCGAGAUGAGUACGAAUCAACGUUUUUCAACGAGUCGUGUCAAAAGAUAAAAUGCAGCAAAUGCGUGUUUCACUUUCGAGCAGAUAGUCUAUACAUUACCGCAUUUUAGAUCGAACAUAAAAAUAUCUAGUUUAUAUAUGCAUAGAUAUGCAUUGCAAUGACACGUUAUUACGUUCUUUGUGUCUUUUUUGUCCUUUUUGUCAAUUUUAUUUACAUAUGUGCAUUUGCUACAUUUUUUUUUUCACUAUCGAUUACAUCGCAAGCUUUUUGCGUAGAACAUACGAGGUCUUCUUUUGUCGACUGCAUCGGACUGCGUUAAAACUGUGACGUAGAGCGUUUUCAAUGGACAAACAGGUUUAAUUGAUCCUAUAUAGAGUGAUUAAAUUCGCUCCAAUCAAAAACGCUAACAGGCACGCGGCCUGAUCAUCAAAAUUUGUCGCGAAGGACAAUUUGUUGUCAAAAAUGUCACAGCAAUUGCACGCAAUGUCAAUUAGUUGCAAAUUUCACAUAAUAUGCUUUUCGAUGACUGUCCGUUUUCGAUACAAAUUUUGCUAUUGUCAGGAUGAGGACAAAGCUCAUCUUCUACCGCGGCAGUGCAGCUCCGGUACAGUCGAAAAAGAAGAAAAGACCCAUACGCGCAAAAUCAACAAUCGUUGGUCGUUGAUCGAGUAACAUUUCACUCGUUGCGAAUGUAUUCAAUCGAUAAUAAAGUUAACGUCAUACCCUGCGCGUUUUCUUAGUUUCCUUCUUUUUUUUGUUUUUGUUUUUUUUGUUUUUUACUUUGCGUCAAUCACGCAACAAGUUAAUUCGCCUAAGGUAUACAAGUAAGUGAACGUUAGAGUACAGCAUGAUAAACUAUAUAUGCACGAAUUCGUUAACACAUACGUAAUUAAUUUGAUAUAUAGUUAUAUAGCACUUGUGCGUAAGUCUUUCACAAUCGUACGACGCGAAAUCGUUUUAUCCUCACAAAGAAAGAAUAUCGUACGAAAUAUAUACUUACAAUAUGUAACAAAACUUUUUUAGACAGAACAGACAAUUCUCUUAUCGUGUGAGUGAAGCGUCUCUCUUAUAACUUCAAUAAAAAAGAAAAACUAUAUCCCAAGUUAAUAAUAAUAAUGCAGCAAGUGUCGCGUUAACGUGCUCGCUAGUAUCUUCGAAUUGCGGAUGCGCGACGCAAAAACGACGACGUCAAAAAAUAUCAACAAUAUCGCCAACAAUUCGCAUACAAAUUUAUAUGUAUAAAAAAAUCUGAGUUU